AUGGCAUCUUCGAGCACCAGAACGGGUUCUCCUUGCGGCGCAUGCAAGUUUCUAAGGAGAAAAUGCGUGUUGGAUUGCGUAUUCGCACCGUACUUCUCCACGGAUGAAAGUCCGGUGAGAUUCGCCGCCAUACACAAGGUGUUCGGAGCAAGUAACGUUUCCAAGAUCUUACUCCACGUUCCCGUCCAACAACGGUACGAGGUCGUCUUCACCAUGGCCUACGAAGCUGAGUCUCGUCUCCAUGACCCUGUCUAUGGUUGUGUCUCUCAUGUUUUCGCACUUCAACAACAGGUGGCGUUUUUGCAAGCACAACUGAUGCAACUCAAGGCAAACCUCGCCCACCAAACCAUCACCACAGUCGUCGGAGAUCUGAGAAACAGAUCGGAGAUGACUUGGCAACAGACAAAUGGGCACACGACAACGUACAAGCCCUACUACAGUUACGAUCACUCUAAUAAACCGGUUUUACCACCACAGAGCUCUAUUGAAUCAUUGGAACACAGCAACACUAGUAGUGAAGUCACGACCAACGUGCCAAAAAUUCAAAUUGGCCGGUUUGGGUUUCUCCAGGACUGUUAUCCAAACUACUGA